GGCCCUUGGUCCUCAGGCCGGGGGGAGUGAGGGCCCUGGGUCCUCAGACCGGGGGGUUCAUCGAAGCCUAGGAGGGUUAAAGGUCCGCUAUACAGAGGGGGGUCUUAACCAUGAGACAGGUCGUAAGCGAAAGGAAAGAAUAGCCUGCAUCUUUGCUAUAGAGCAACGACAAUUCCAUCCUCAAACGGGGUAUUUUUCUUUAAUGCAGGCCAUUGCUUCUUUCCUUAGCACAUCUGUGCAUCAAGUGCUGGUCGAAUACCUGACCCUUUUCCCUCUCAUGGGAAGUAAACGUCUGAACUACCAGGAUUGGGCUAGAGUUCAUCUUAUGAUCGUAGCUAAGCAGCACUUGACGCACCUGGAUGCUUUUUACAGUGAAUUAAACCAACAAGGGACCUACAACCAAGAGGAUAAGGAGGCAAAACCUACCUUCAGUCUACCUAGUAAACCAUGUUUGCCCCAAAAUCGACAUCGACCUGGCAUAAGCACAGAUACGUGGUCGCAAACUAAAGGUCGGGUGAGCUGUGAAUUCCGCUUAGAGCAACGGCAGGUACACCUUACAACAGGCCAAUCCUUUGAACCUGUUUUAUCUGCUAUAGCUAAUCUCCUAGUUGUUAGAUUGUAUAUAGUACAGCAUCAUCAGCCUCCAGUGGAUUACGUACUGUGUUCGGACUCAAUUUGGAACCCUCUCCUGUUUUGUAAGAACCCUGAAGGACAUCUCAUGCACUUUGAUCCAUGUUUAGCAUUCCCCGAAGAAGCGGUUUUGACUCUCUCUUCACCGCGAUACGGUGCAUUGCGUAUAGUCUCUGAGGCUUCUAAAAGCAAGAAGACUAGUACCGAAGGCUCUAAGGAGUUUCCAGCAUAUAGCAAUGUUCGAGUGCUCAAAGAGCACAAGGGCAGUGGCAAUCUACCUUGCUCAACAAAGCUGCUGGCAAGCAGUAGCCCUAACGCUGGAGGCACCACCGGCGCCUGGACUAGGGGCCGCCCUGCGGUCCUACGGCCACCCCGGCCUGAGGACCAAGGGCCCUCAGUCCUCCCCGGCCUGAGGACCAAGGGCCCUCAGUCCUUGGGCCGAGGGUGGGCCGAGGGUGACCUAGGAGUGUUUGAAUCUUUUUGGCCUAUCCUCCAAAUGGGAUACAGAAUUGAGGAGAACCCGAAGACGUUCCUUCAAGGGGCGGAGGGCGCCUCUGCUUCUACAGAGGGGGUACGGUUUUCCUUUUUCCCUUGGGGAGAUAAACAAGGAAUUGAAAGCACAGAGAACACACAACAAGGACCUAAAAAGGAUUAG